UCAUAAACUAAGUGAUGAGAGAAAUUGGUUUUGAGACUGGAAAAGACAACCCCAACACAAUCCCAAAUCGGAAAAAAAAUUCCCAAUUUUUUUAACCAAAAUCAAAAACCCCAAUUUAUGUGUGUUAAGCAAACUUCAAACAAAAUAUAAAAUAAAAAUAUAAACAUCAAUCUAGUGAACCGUAACCUAAUCCCAGAUCGGUUCCCAAUUUUCUAUCUCAUGAUGUUAGUGAGUGUUACAGUGUAUGUAAUAAUAAUGUGUCAUUCCUCCAAUUUUAAUCAACUACUCUCAAAAACCACCCAAUCCAGUAGCUGCCACCGAUUUUUGAACAUAGAAGAAGAAAUUGGUUCUGACCUUGAUUGCUCAGUGAUGAGAGAGAUGAGAGAUUUGGGGGCAAUGGUGCUUGAUGAGUGGGAGGGAGAUGAGAGGCGAUGGGGUUGAUUUGCUUGAAGAUGAAUAAUUUUGUUAAUAUUCUGUUUAUUUUAUUUUCUAUUUUUAAUUUUUUUUCUUUUAAAAAAUUAAUUAGGUUAUUAUGUGGCAAUAUGUCACUAAUUAAAUAAAUAAAAAUUGAAAUAAAGGCCACUUAGGCAUGCCUCAUCAUAAAAAAUGUCUAGUCAGACGCCAUGUUGUAUCACUAAUCACUACCUUUUCUUUCACAUUUUAAAGAGUUAAACAAUUUAAAUGAAACUUUCAUUCUAUUCCACUGUCCAUUUAAUAUAUAAUCAUAGUCUCAGGAGUUAACUUCAAAUACAACUAAUAUCUAAUCCGCUACAGUACUGAAUAGUGAGUCAUAGUAUCAAAUUUUCUUCUUGGAAUCUUAGAGAUGAAGACACCACCCUUUUCCAACUUAGAAGAGGUCUCUGAGACAAAGGAAAGACAAUCGGGGCCAUCCGAGGCUGACGAUGGGGAUAUUAAUGAACUUCCCAUGGUCCCUCCAUCACGGAAAAGAUGUAUUAAUCUUAACGUCUCUCCUUCAAAUUCUGACGAGUCUUCCGAAAGGAAUACUGAAAUACCAAGCAGCACUUCUUCUGUUCCUUUUCCUGCGAGCCAGCCAGAAAAAACCCUGUCUCAAGUCUCUGAGACAAAGGAAAGACAAUCGGGGCCAUCCAAGGCUGACGAUGGGGAUAUUAAUGAACUUCCCAUGGUCCCUCCAUCACGGAAAAGAUGUAUUAAUCUUAACGUCUCUCCUUCAAAUUCUGACGAGUCUUCCGAAAGGAAUACUGAAAUACCAAGCAGCACUUCUUCUGUUCCUUUUCCUGCGAGCCAGCCAGAAAAAACCCUGUCUCAAGUAGCUGAAUCAACGGAAAUAAAAUGUGAUUGCUGCUAUAUUAAAUGCGAUAAUUAUAUUUGUCGAUGUCGUCAGGCUCGUGUUUAUUGCUCCCCACUUUGCACAUGUAGCGAUUGCCAAAACAAACCAGAAGCGUUACAGCUUUCCAGUACUUCUUUGCCUCUUUCAUCCAGCCAAGUGCAUUCAAUGUCGCAAGGUCCCGCAUUAUUGGAGAGCCAUUUGAGGCCAUCUGCGAUCGGUGUUCAAACUACUAAAGAAUUCGCCCCCUCGUUAACGCUUCAAAUUGCUGGUGAAAGUUCCAAUAAGAGUAUCCUCAAAGAGGAGAGAAUAUGUAAAUGUAGAAAAACAAAAUGCUUGUCCCUUGUAUGUCCGUGUCUUAGUUGUUCACUCAGAUGCACCGAAAAUUGCGAAUGUGCUAUUGAAUGCAUGAAUAAAGAGGGUAAUGAAGCAUUAAUUCUGCAAGCUCGCAUGGCAGUAGGAUGUAGUUGCAGUAAAACAAGCUGCAAGAUCCAAAAAUGCUCAUGUUUUCAGGUCGGUGUUGGUUGCUCCCUAAUCUGUACUUGUCAAGGGUGUGAAAAUAUUCACGGUAGAAAGGAUAGGACAGCUUAAAGAAACAGGAGCAUUACAAAAUCAGUGACAAUAGAGAUAGAAAGUGAAGCUGGUGUAACAAAAACAUGUCCAUAUGAUGUGAUUCAAGGUUGAUGUCUGAGGAGAAGUUGGUUGCAGAGAUGGUAUCUGAUUUUUAAUUUGUUUGAUUAGUUUAGCUAAAGGGAAGAAAUUAUAUUGAAUGUGUAUACAUUGUUUAGUAGAUAUUAUGUGAUAGUAUUAUCCCAAUCUCUUAUCUAGUACUUCUGUAGUGAAAAAAAUGACUAAUCAUAUGACUCUUUCAUCAUAGUAUAGAAAACUACUAUUUUCCUUAUCUUUA